UUGAUGCCGGUGCAGACAGCGGUUUGGGCCGACGUGAUGCGCGGUUCGUGUAAAGAACACAGUGGACCGGGGCGGGAGGCUGUGCGGGCGUCUACUUCCCCGGGUUCGUGGAAAUCGGGUCGUCACGACCUGAAAACACGCGCUGAAAAGGCGCUUCCUGCUCAACAAUAACUUGCUACCUUUGCUGUGACUUUUACUCCGGCGAAGAUCUGAGCAUGCGCAUUUAUGUAUGGGACGGGAGGACAUCACGGAAAAUCUACUAGAAGCACCACAAACGCAGAGAUUUCGGCUCUCCGCUGCAUUAAAACUGCGCGACGUGGGCGGCCCGUGACCAUGCCUGGAGCGGCGUUAAGAUGCGGGACGACCGCCUGACAGGCCUGGCCCGGGUCUGAGCCGUUGCCGGGAGGGGAAAUCUAUUUCUUCAUAUGGGAGCAGCAUGCGGGAAAUGGUCGGAGGUUGCUGCGUGUGUUCCGACGAGCGAGGCUGGGCUGAGAAUCCGCUGGUGUACUGUGAUGGACAUGGCUGCAGCGUCGCCGUUCACCAAGCAUGCUACGGCAUCGUGCAGGUGCCAACUGGCCCGUGGUUCUGUCGGAAGUGUGAGUCACAGGAGCGGGCGGCACGUGUGAGGUGUGAGCUGUGUCCCCACAAAGAUGGCGCCCUCAAGAGAACAGACAGCGGAGGCUGGGCCCACGUCGUGUGCGCACUCUACAUCCCCGAGGUGCAGUUCGCCAACGUCCUCACCAUGGAGCCCAUCAUCCUGCAGUAUGUCCCACAUGAGAGAUACAACAAGACUUGUUAUAUCUGCGAGGACCACGGGAGGGAGAGCAAGGCGGCCUGUGGCGCGUGCAUGACCUGCAACAGACAGGGCUGCAGACAAGCGUUCCACGUCACCUGUGCUCAGAUGGCUGGUCUGCUAUGUGAGGAGGAAGGACCAGAAGCUGAUAACGUGAAGUACUGUGGCUACUGCAAGCAUCACUACAACAAAAUGCAGAAGAAGUUGCGUUCUAGUGAAAAUACAAGUAGCUCCUUCAGCCAUUCCAGGGGGCGCUCCAGCUCUCCGUCACAGGAAAAACAGCACCACCACCACAGACAGAGGAAGAGUCAUAAAGACAAGAUUCGGCAAAAGGAGCGCCACAAAAAGUCGAACGACAACCUGAGCUCCGCUGUCACAUCUAGCGGCAUAGAAAAGAUUUCCUCAAGUCACCACAGCAGCAAGGACGGCGAGGGAAAGUCCAAGAAGCUGAGCUCGCACGGUCACAGUCAUCGGAGCAAGAAGACCGGAAGCACCGGCAAGAGCUGCUCCUCAUCGUCCUGCUCCUCCAGUCCAUUCAACACAGGUGGUUCCCUGUCGUCUGCUCAGGAGUUCCAUCAGUUCUUAUCUUCUUCCCGCCUGGAGCGUGAACAUGACCGAGGAGGUGACGACCAGAGCGGAGAGGAGCGCAAGGAGCGUCACAGGAGACCGGCAGUCCAGGAGGAGGAUGAGGAGGAGGAGGAAGAUGAAAAGGAAGAGGAAAAAGAUGAGGAGGAGGAAGAGGAGGAGGACUGUAAAUACCACAAGCCACCAGCAUUGACCCCCGCUGAGGGCCCGCUAGCAGGGUCGCAAGGUCACGACAGGCCAGAGGGCAACUCCAGCCCUUUCGAGAACAAAGUCACCAUCUCCACCUUCGGGUCCAUCAUGCGCAUCACGUCGUCGUCGGGGCUCGGCAGCAGCAGCAAGAUCCGAAAGAUCUCCUCGUCGAGCGACUACAAACCCUCCAAAUCUCUCUGCAAGCCGUCCCAGCUCAGCACGCCGCCCAUCCUGGAGGAGGCCGACCCGGAGGACAAAGCCACGCUUCCACCGCCGCUGCCUCGAGAGAGGAGGCACCGUGGCAACAAGAAGAGCCGCCACGGCCCGGGGCGCCCGCGGGGAGCAAACCGAGAGAGGAGGGGGGAGGAGGAGCACCACCACCACCAUCACCACACAGCACCGCCUCCCCUAGCCUUAACCUCGUCGCUCUACCCGAGCCCGUCCUCCAUCCCCCACCCCACCUUCUCCUCGACGCUGCCUCCCACCGCCACCUCUUCCACUUCCUCUUCUUUCUCCUCCUCCUCGUCCUCCACUGGUAGUUUUUCUACAGGCCGCGGCAACUCGCUGCUCAGCUCUGGCAUCUACUCCAGUCUCAAGGACCCUCUCACACUGGGCGGGGGUGUCUGCAGUACCCCCCUUUCCCUGGGUGGAGGGGUGUGUAGCACCUCCUUGUCCCUGGGAGGGGGCAUGUGUAGCACCCCUCUCUCCUCAGGACUCCUUCCAUCCCACUCCUCGCUGUCUCUUCCACCAGUCAAUGCUGCGUCAAACACACAGGUCCAUCCAGGUUCCAGCGCCUCCUACAGCCUGACCUCCACUCAGCCUUUCACCAGCUGUCUCUCCACAGCCCUGACACUGCCGCCACUACUGAGCCAAGCCCAGACCUCACUGCCAGAGUCUGACCUCGAUGACUGUCGCUUCCCAUGUCAGGGGAACUCACCGAGAGAGAGUCUUUCCUCGCAGUCUCCGAUGAGCUGUCUUCCUCUUCUGUUCGACCAGAGGGACGGGCUGGGCGCCGGAGUCAGAGCCCGUCCUGAGAACGUCCCUCCAGCCAGCUCUCACAUUGAUCUCCUGCUGGAGAAACACAGCAACGGAGAGAUGGGAGUCAACAUUAUGGAGAUGCUCCAGUCGCUGCACUCCCUGCAGCAGGAGAACCAGCGGCUCCAGGACCAGAUCCUCAGCCUGACGGCCAAGAAGGAGCGACUGCAGCUGCUCAACACGGAGCUGGCCGUGCCUUUCCCUCCACAGGUUCACUCCACCCAGGGCUCCAUGCACACGUCCGCCCAGAUCAACUUCCUGUCAUCCACCCAAGACCCCCUGAGCACCAAUAAGAGUCCCCUGUCCAAAAGCUGCUUCCUGAAUGACACCUCCUUUGUUACCUCGUCUGAGGAGCUCCACUCCGGUAGUCCGUCCCGAAGCAGCUCGUCUCUCUCCUUCCAGAGCACCCCCCCUCCUCAGCAGAGCCCCGCCUCCUUCGGGCAGCCGCUGCUGAACGGCUUGAACCGAGGGUUAAACGACGGUUUGGGGGCGAUCACUCAGGCCGGCGGCUCCGCACUGCCCAUGGUGGGCGGACUCAUGGCGUCUCUCGCGGGGAGUCCUCAGCUGGCCGUGAACGGCGUGCUCGGCAGUCUGAACGGAGUGAUCCAGUCGCCUGUGCAGAACGCUCCUCAGCCCGCCCUCCCGGCUCUGCGACCCCAACCUCCACCCCUCAACCCCCUGGCGCUGGCUCAAGGCUUUCAGCUUCCCAAGAGUGCAAGUCCGUCGUCCUUCCUGUCAGAGCAGCAGAAGCAGCUUCUUCUCGAGCAGCAGCAGCUGCAGCAGUUCCUCACCUCACAGAACUUCACACCUGAGCAGCAGGCCUUGGUGUGCCAGAUGUUGCAGCAGCAGCGACAGCGGGAGCUGCAGCGCCUCACGCUGACAGGAGCUCUCACCUCCACCCCCAACUCACCCAUGAUUGCCCAGUCACCCAACCUGCUGUCCUCAGCUACAGCCUCCCCCCUGCAGGGAGGCCAAGGAGGCGGGCUCUUCGGGCUGCAGGAGAACACGCUUCACAAACCCGGAGCUACUGGAGAGAAAGGUGGAGACAAGAAUGGCUGAUGUUUCUCCGCAACACGCAAGCAGCUCAGAUGAAAACAUCAGGCAUGACGUGCCGCCUUGAAGAGGUCAAAUUUCCGGGACUUUCUCCUUCUCUGUCGUCUUUA